AUGGCCGGAUCCCAUGGCCGCUGCUCCCCGCCGCCCAUCCACGGCGCGGAUCCGCGCCGCCACAAGCACAGCGUGGGCUCGUCCUCUAGCCACCACCGCCGCGCCGAUGCGGACUUCGCCGAUCUCCCUCCGUCACGGCAGCCGCAGAGGAAGUGCCUCGGCGUCCGGCAGCGGGCGUGGGGGACGUGGGUGGCGGAGAUAACCGAGUGUGAUACCCACACAAAGCAAUGGAUUAGUUCCUUCCACACGGCCGAGCUUGCUGCCCUCGAGUACGACCGGUGGCAGGUCCGGCUGCACGGCGCACCUCAACUUCCCGUGGGGGAUGACGCCCGCCCGUGGUGA